AUGAAUUUAUCUAUAUCUGUUUUCACUAAUAUUUCGCAAUUAAAACAAAUUGAAUCUUGUCACAUACUUCGACUUUUUGGAUAUUAUUUGAUUCUUCUUUGGAUAAUUGGUACGAUUCUAAAUGGUUCACUACUUUAUACAUUAAUACGAAAUAAUAUAUUACGUCAAUUAUCUACAAAUAUACUUAUUGGUGGUCUAUUAUUGGGUGAUUUUAUUGGAGCAUUUUUCGAAAUACCAUUUCCAGCUUUGUCACUUAUUUAUUGCAGAUGGAUUUUCACAUAUAUUGGUUGUGUAUUCGAAGCUAUUAUUACUUAUUUUGUGGGCUGUUCAAAUAUGUACAUGCUUUGUUUAAUUUCAAUUGAUAGAUACAGUAUCAUGACUAGAUCUUUCCAAGAACCAAGUGGCAUAAUUCAACGAACUUAUACAUCCAUUGGAUGUGUUUAUAUAUUAUCUCUAUUUUGGACAAUAAUGCCAUUAUUAGGAUGGUCUUCGUAUGAUUAUGAGAUUCGAAAUCGUCGACGUUGGUUUACAACCAAACUUAAUCAAUCUUCUGUUCGACGUCGACUACUCAUCGAACGUCGUGUUCUACAUACAAUCAGUUUUGUCAUCGGAGGAUUUCUCAUUGCUUGGACACCAUAUGCGAUUCUCGUUGUUAUACGAGCUUUUUUUGAUGCAAACCAUAUUUCAUCUAUCAUGGACACAAUACCAGCUUUAUUUGCUAAAACAAGUUUCAUAUGGAAUCCAUUGAUACUUAUAGUGCGUAAUGGUAAUUUUCGUCAGUAUACACCAUUCAUUACCUCUAAACAUCGUUCACAAUCAAGUAAAUAA